GGAGCGGGGGCCGCGGCCGGGCCGGGGGGGUCCCCACGGGGGAAGGGGCAUCGCCCGCGGCCGCGGAGCCUGGGCCGCUGGAUGGAAGCGAGCUGGGUGCCGGCUGCCAUGGCUCUGGGGCUCUCCUCCAAGAAAGCUUCCUCCAGGAACAUCGCCGUGGAGAGGAAAAACCUCAUCACCGUCUGCAGGUUCUCGGUGAAGACCCUUCUGGAGAAGUACACGUCGGAUCCCAUCGACGACUCCUCCGAGGAGUUCGUCAACUUCGCCGCCAUCCUCGAGCAGAUCCUCAGCCACCGCUUCAAAGGUAACGGCGGCCCCAGGGCUGUCCCUGCCGCCAUCCCGUGUCCCGCGGAGGGUGGGGAUGGCCCUGCUGGCACCAGGAGGGGCUCGGCUGGCGCAGCAGCCCCUGAGCACAGCCCGUGGGUGCCCGCAGGUCCCGUCAGCUGGUUCAGCUCCGAUGGGCAGCGCGGGUUUUGGGAUUACAUCCGCCUGGCCUGCAGCAAGGUGCCCAACAACUGCGUCAGCAGCAUCGAGAACAUGGAGAACAUCAGCACCUCCAGGGCCAAGGGCCGGGCCUGGAUCCGCGUGGCGCUGAUGGAGAAGCGAAUGUCCGAGUACAUCUCCACGGCCCUGAGGGACACCCGGACCACCAGGAGGUUUUACGACGACGGGGCCAUCAUGCUGCGGGAGGAGUCCACGGUGCUCACGGGGAUGCUCAUCGGGCUCAGCGCCAUCGACUUCAGCUUCUGCCUGAAGGGAGAGGUGAUGGACGGUAAAACGCCCGUGGUCAUUGACUACACGCCCUACCUGAAGUUCACGCAGAGCUACGACUACCUGAGCGAGGAGGAGGAGCGGGGCAGCGUGGAGAGCAGCACAAGCGAGGACAGCUCGCCUGAGCACCCCUACCUGCCCCUGGUCACCGACGAGGACAGCUGGUACAACAAGUGGCGCAAGAUGGAGCAGAAAUUCCGCAUUGUUUAUGCCCAAAAGGGGUACCUGGAGGAGCUGGUGAGGCUGCGGGAGUCGCAGUUGAAGGACCUGGAGGCCGAGAACAAGCGGCUGAAGCUGCGGCUGGAGGAGGUGAUGGUGCAGAACCAGCUGGAGAAGAGGGAGCUGGAGGGCGUCAUCCUGGAGCUGCAGGAGCAGCUGACGGGGCUGAUCCCCUGUGAGAACCCACAGCUGGCCCAGCUCUCCAAGGAGAUGGUGACACCCCUGGUCAACCAGUGGCCCUCGCUGGGGACCCUCAAUGGCAACGAGAGCGGCUCGGACAGCAAACUGUACAGAAGGCACAGCUUCGUGAGCACCGACCAGCUCUCGGCCGAGAACAGCCUCAGCUCCGACUCCCAGCGCCUGGGCGAGGGCAAGCGCGAAGGGGAGCCCUGGGGGCCCUUGGGGAAGGACCCCACGCCCUCCAUGCUGGGGCUCUGCGGCUCCCUGGCCUCCCUGCCCAGCUGCAAGUCCCUGGCCAGCCUCAAGUCCAACGAGUGCCUGGUGAGCGACAGCACGGAAGCCAGCCCGACCCGCAGCCCCAGCUGAGACCCCCGGCCCCCGCGCCGCCCCCCGGCCCGGCCCGGCCGCCGCAGGACUGAGCUCGGACCCCCUGGCCAGCCCGGACAGCGAGGGGCUCGCCCACCCCAGCGGGGAGGGGGCACCGACAUCCCCCUGCCCAUCCUGAGACCCCCGAAGCCCGGCUGGACACACGGACCUGAGGGAUGGGGGAUGCAGGGCUGGGGGCCAGGCGAGCUGGGGGUGGGGGAACGGACUGUGAGCGGUGGGGGGACAGUGAGUGACAGCUGUGGGGACACGGCAGUGAGUGACAGCUGUGGGGAGCAAGGGGGGUCGGGGCCAGGCCCUGUCCGGGGGUGAAGGUCCGGCGUGACCCCCUGUCCGUCCUGCUCAGCCCUUGGUGCCCACCCGGGCUGGUGUCCCCCAGCUCCCUGCACUGUGAGGGGCUGCCUGUCCCCCCCUGCAGCAUCCCCACAAUGGGGGAGGACUCUUCUUCCCCCCCCUUUCCUCCCCCUGGGUUGUUUUGGGUGAUUUUGGUUUUUAUUUCAGCCCCAUCUGCCUUGUUGGAGCAAAAGGAAUCAAUAAACGCAGCAAGCAGA